GUCUGCAAGUUGUCAUGUAUAAGUGCUCGUCCAUGGCUAGCAACUGUGGUCAGUGCUUCACAGUGGAUCCCAAGUAUCAGUGUGGCUGGUGUGAUAAAAGUCACUGCUCUACAGCUGAUUUCUGUCACAAUAUUGAUAACUGGCUUCCACGCUCAGGGGUCUGCCCAAAUCCUACUAUCACUAGUAUUUCCCCUCAUUCUGGUCCACACCUAGGAGGCACCAUUCUGACCAUCAAGGGCAACAACCUUGGCAAGUCAGACAAGGAAGUGGAAGUAGACAUUGAUGGUGUUGCCUGCUCAGUACUUCAGUUCACUGCACCUUUCCUCAUCUUAUGUGAGACAGGGGCUGCUGCAAUUAAGUCUCAAGCUGGCUAUGUACGAGUUACUGUCAACAAUACUCAUCGUGGAGUGUCCCAAGAUAUGUUUCGCUAUGUUGAACCUAAAAUCACAGGCAUAACUCCUGCAAUAGGACCCAUGGAUGGAGGAACAUCUGUCACCAUUAUAGGACACCAUAUGGAUGCAGGAACCUCCAUCACUGUCAACAUUGGUGGUAUGCCCUGCCGUGAGAUUACUCGCAUCGGCGAAAGCAAUCUUACCUGCAUCACUACCAACAGUUCAGCCCCGCCGAAUACCAAGCAUCCUAUUAGUAUGACCGUUGAUAAAGCAGAGGUCCAGGGCCCUAACUUUGUAACUUUCACAUAUGUGCCAAACCCUACGAUUUCAGGGGUUGACCACAAAGAAUCCAUUCGCAGUGGAGGUAUUGUAAUAGGUGUCAUUGGGAAGCAUCUGGACAGAGUACAGUCCCCUCGUAUGAUCAUUUGGUAUAUGAAUACACCGUACGAAAAUACAUGUAAGAAAUCAGAAGACGAUUCUGAGCACAUGAAGUGUCUGACGCCUGAAUUGCCCGUAGACAAGGAAUUAGAUCGCACCAGGCCCCUCUCUGUGUCUUAUGGCUUUCAUAUGGAUGGUGUGCAAGCUUUACGUAAUCUCACAGACCUUAGUUAUGAUGACCAUCGUACCUUUGACAUUUAUCCAGACCCAGAGUUUGCAAAGUUUGAAGGUGGGCAAAAGACCCACCAACAGAAAAAUGAACUGCUUGUAAUUGAGGGUAAAACGCGACUAAAUCCACUGCGAAAUGAGGAUGUUAAGGUGCAUAUUGGACAAGAUGUGUGUGCUGAUGUCUCUGUUGCAAAAGACCUGAUUACCUGCAAGCCACCACCUACUCAGCCUCAUCCUAAAGAAGGCAGUGGCCUUCCAGAAGUUAUUGUGACUGUUGGUAACCUGACCUUCCUUGUAGGACACCUGUUGUAUGAAGAGCCAGAGGUGCUGUCCCAGGAAGUCAUCAUUGCAAUAGCUGUGGGUGGAGGACUUCUGCUUUUUGUGCUUAUUGCUGUCUGCAUUGUCUACCGUAUCAAAUCAAGGAGAAAUGAUGAUAAAAUGAAAAAGAUGAGAAUUCAAAUGGACAUGCUGGAAGCCAGAGUUGCUAACGAGUGUAAGGAAGCAUUUGCAGAGCUGCAGACAGACAUGACAGAGCUGACCAGUGACAUGUAUGGGCAGGUGACCAUUCCUUUCUGGGACUAUCGUACCUACUGCAUGAACAUCAUGUUUCCAGGGGCUGAUGACCACUCUGUCACAAAGGAUCUUCAGGUAGACAUCCAUCAGAGGGAUAUAGUGGAUCGGGGAAUGCGGCAGUUCUCGGCACUUGCCAGCAAUAAGACUUUUCUGCUUAUCUUUAUUCGAACGCUGGAAUCUAAUAAAAGUUUCCACUUGCGUGACCGCGUCAACGUGGCCUCACUUAUCAGUGUAGCACUGCAGACACAGAUGGAGUAUGCUACAGAAAUCUUGAAGACACUGCUAGCUGAGUUGAUAGAAAAGACAGUAGAGAGCAAAAACACACCAAAACUUUUGCUACGAAGGAAUGAAUCUGUAGCGGAGAAGAUGCUAACAAAUUGGUUUACCUUCCUUUUGUAUAAAUUUUUGAAGGAAUGUGCUGGGGAACCACUAUUCAUGCUUUUCCAAGCCAUCAAACAGCAGACCUCGAAAGGUCCUGUGGAUGUCAUCACCAGUGAGGCUCGCUACUCACUCAGUGAGGACAAGCUCAUCCGACAGCAGAUCCAGUAUAAAGCUAUGACUCUCUAUGUGCUUGAUGUGGACAUGGACCGGUGUGCUCAGCCAGCCCAUCCUGUCAAGGUACUGGACUGUGAUGCCAUUUCCCAGGUUAAAGAAAAGAUCCUGGAUGCCAUCUACAAGAAUGCACCAUUCAGUAGCAGACCUCCAAAGGAGGAACUAGAUUUAGUUUUGUUUCAACCUCCACCAGAAUGGGUUUGUACGGAUAAAACCCAGGUGCCACCUAAAAUGUUUCCCAACCGGGAGACACAGCGUCUGGUCUUACAUGAUGAAGAUGGAACAUCAAAAGUGGAAAGUGAUUGUCGAAGAAUUAACACACUAGGCCACUACCAGGUACCUGAUGGAGCAUUCGUUGCCCUGCAGCCCAAGCAGUUGGUUCCCUAUAUCUUGUCAGAAAAGACCAACAUGUCCUUCUAUAGCCGCAGUCCUUCACUGACUCGUACAGUCACAUCACAAAUGAUAGCUGUAGAUGUGGAUAAUAAUGGUAUCAAGCACUUCCACUUGGUGCGUCAGCAUGACAUUGAACCCAGCAAGGAGGGGGAUCGGGGGAGCAAGAUGGUCAGUGAAAUUUACCUGCCUCGUCUUUUGGUCACCAAGGGAACUCUUCAGCAGUUUGUGGAUGACCUGUUUGAAAGAAUCUUCAGCACAGCACACAGAGGCUCAGCACUACCUCUAGCCAUCAAGUACAUGUUUGACUUUUUGGAUGACCAAGCUCUUCUUCAUAACAUUCAGGACCCAGAAGUUGUGCACACUUGGAAGUCCAACAGCUUGCCACUAAGGUUCUGGGUGAACAUAAUCAAGAAUCCGAACUUUGCAUUUGACAUCUAUAAAACAAACAUUGUGGACUCCUGCCUGACCGUGGUGGGCCAGACUUUCAUGGAUGCCUGCUCUCAAAGUGAGCAUCGCCUGGGUAAAGACUCGCCUUCAAGCAAACUUCUGUACGCUAAGGACAUUCCAAGAUAUAAGCAAUGGGUAGAGAGGUAUUACCAGGACAUUAAAAUGAUGCCUGCCAUCAGUGACCAAGACAUGACCGCCAUGUUGACAGAGGAGUCAAGGAUUCACCAUACUGAGUUUAAUACUAAUGCAGCCUUGCUGGAACUCUUCAAAUAUGCACGCAAGUACAACGAAGAGCUGAUGACAGCUUUGGAAGAAGACGAGUUUGCUCGCAAGAACAAGUUAAGCUACAAGCUGGAACAGGUGCAUGCAACUAUGGAGAGCAGUACUAUCUGCUAGCAACGCAUCAGAAAUGAGACAUUGAGACAGAACAGCAUCCAGCAUCAACUCAGUAGUGAUUGCAGGCUGCAGACAGAUGUGUAAACCAUUUUGCUUCAAGGGUAAUGAUCCCAUUUCUGAUUGCUUGAAUGGGAGAACAAUUCCUUGGUAACCAUCUGUUCAAAUGUGUUGGGAACCUUCAAAGAUUGUGCAUUUGACCCUCAAAGACUGGGCAUGUUAGGAAUGCGGACAGCCUAAGAUGCACAACUGAUGCACCACAAAAGAUGACUUGCUCUGUGUGUGAAGUCCUAUAGUCGCAUCUUCCUGAUGUCGUUCACUGCAUUUUCCCCACAAAAUUUAGACACUUGUUAUCUCUCCACCAAAGACUGGAUGUUAUUUUUUGUCCAGUCUUGUAAUUCAGUGCUUCAGAGGCUGAAGAAGUGCCAAGUUUAUGCCCAACUCUCGAAGGCUUUGUUUUAUGCUUAUUUCUGUCAGAUUUCUUCAUCUGUAAUUUUAUCUAGGCCUAUAAAAAAAAGUGACUUUACAUGUAUUUACUUUUUUAUAUAUAUACACUUACGUAUAUUAGUGAUUCUAAACAGAUGACAAGCACACAGAGAACUGAUAGUAAAGCAUGUGUGUGUGUGUGCACAUGCAUGUGUGACGAGGACGAGCUGACUUUAUAGACUCUUGCCAAACCAAUGCCUUCAGCAUCUUGAAAGUGGGUACAGGCUUACAUCAGGGAUGGAGCUCAUCACAAAGAUUCCUUCCUCAGUUUCUAUGGUGCUUGGCUACUUAGCUUUUUUUUUUUUACAAUCAAUAUAGAUGACAACCAUGCCUGGCAUGAACAUGCAUGUGUAAUCUGAUGACAGAUUGAUGAAGAUUCUGUCUUUACAGCUCUCAAAUUUGCAUGGUGAUAAAAUGAAGUUUUUUGCCAUUGCUUUGCUUAUAAAAUCAGACAUAUCCAGGUGCAUCAAACUUAGCUCAGAACUUCAGGGCAUUGUGAAGUGUGACAGGUGCAGGGCAGUAUGAAAGGCUGUUGCAAGAGCUCGAUGUUACACUAUCAUGUGUGAAUGGUGGGGUUGCUGUGGGUAUACCAUAUGCUCUGUUGUACAGGUACUCAAGAGGUCUGUGUUAGUGUGAAAGCAGCUGCUUGUAUCCAAAGGCAUCCUGUGGCAUGAACACAAGUAAUUUGUGAUCCAGUAUAUCCCAGAUGUUUUGCCUCCUUUAUUUGGGUUUGGGUAGCACCUUUAGUGAUCUAGGACAGCUGUCCAAGUGUCUUAUUCUGAAAUAAUUGUGGACUGUUUUUCUGUAAACAUGAAUAGGCACCAUGCCUGUUGUUACGCAGCAGUUUGAGGGAAAGGGGAAUCCUGUUGAUGUGCUUAGUGCUAUGUUGACCUGUUUCUGUGCUAUCUAUGCAGAGCAUGCACCAGAUUUCCAUACCUACUCUCCUCAGCUUUGCUAUUGUUGCUUAAUUUCUGUCCCUCCCUGACCCCCAUCUGAAGUUUAUAUUUGAGACUGGUAGUUUGCCAUCAAACCAUUCACUACUGAUUUGUAUUCUGAUAAUAAAUACAGCCUUUGUUGCUGUCAUUAUUAUGAGUAGAUCCACAUUUUUGGAUUGAAUAUCAUCUUGUAGUAAACAUUAGAACAUGCUAACUUGAAGAAAAACACCAGCUGUGCUUCCAUUAAGCUGCUUGAUUUAUUUGGAAAGGAGUAAGAAGGCUUUAUUGAGAAAAAUUAGAGUGUGGUCAUCAUCUUACAAUACCAAUUACCUUCCAAGACCUGCUGCAUUUAUAUGCAGUUAAUCUUUAACUACAAUGAACCCUCAGAAAAUCUACUUUCAUUCUAAUAAUAAAACAAGACAGAAGAAAUAAUUAUUUCUUUCUUCCAAAUCUCGCUUGAGGAUUUUUUUGCUUGGGAAGAGGCAAGUGCUGGGGGGAAAAAACUUCAGGUAAAUUGGAGAGACAAUUUUCUAAAAUUUAAAAGGGCUGAUUACUCUGAAGAGUGAAUUUUAGUACAUCUGGCUAUAGCUGCUCCUUUGUUUGACAAUUUAUCUUUAUACAAAUUAUAAGCUCAUCAAGCCAGUUCAUUUUUUUUUCUCUUACCACUUGUAUAAUUCUUACUAGAGCUAUGCUAACUUUUUAUAAAGAUGUUAUAGUGAUAAACAGUUGUAAAAGUACAUGAAGUACUUAUGUUAAUACUUUCAAAGAAAAAUGUUGCAAUUGAUUAGUGAAUAAGAGCUAUGGGUCAUAGUAAACAUCACUUUAGUUGAACUUAGUGAACAUGUUAGCCUGAAAGCUUGAGCUAAGCAGUAUUUAUAAAAGUCUUUUAAAUCAAAACAUGGGUAUUGCUUAACAGGGAAAGUAUAAAACUUUAGUAGCACCAAGUUUUCUAUUUAUGUGUUGUCUCCCUGAAAGUAGUUUUCUGUUUGUGUUACUUAGAUUUCAUCACUAGCUUAGUUUGAAAUCCAUAGCAAUUGUUUUAGUAUGAUUGUAUCAGUUCUUUUUAUUUAUUAUUAAUUUGGCAUUAAGUUACUUAAUGCUUAUCAUGGGUGGUGUUUCCAAGAGUUAAGCAAAGUAAUUUCAUGCUUUAGAUCAGGUGUCACCAACCUUUUUCACACUGAGAGCUACUUUAAGGAUACUGAGUAAUAUGAGGACCUACGUGGUUAAUAUAAACUAACAUACAUGAUAGUAUAGACAGGCGAGAUGCCAACAUGCCUCACUGGCAACACACCUGAUCCAUGCAGGCAACCAGGCGCCUGAAGGCGCCAUGUUUGCUACCCCUGCUUUAGACCAUUUCAGGUCAUCCUUUAGCAGUUUGAGAUUUGAUUUACAGUAAACCAGUCACUGAAUUGAAAUGUGUUGACAUACCCAACAUGUCAAAAUCAGCUGCCACAUGAAAAUGGGGGCUAGAAUAGAAACUUUCACAAAAUGAAUUGUAAAAUAUGCUGUGCCCUCCUGCAUUUCAAACAUAGUAAGUAGUGUUAUUUAUGACUCGUGCUGAUGAGGCUUUAUACCUUUUGCAUAUCACUGUUUCUUUUAAAUUUUCUCAAGUAGAUCUUUGUUGGGGUGGGUGUGCAUGUGUGGGUACCUGUGUUUUGUACAGUUAAAUGCACUCCUCCCACCACAAAAAAUAUCUAGUAAAACUAGCUAAUACACUGGGUGUGUGUAAUUCUGAAAACAUGGUCUUCACAAAUCAUUCUUCCAUACUGCUGAGUAUUAGCAUCACUUAUGCUUCCACUGCACAGCAACUUGGUAGACCAUUUUUGUCCUGUCUAUAUGUAUUUGAAAGUGUUGUUUUGGUAGUUGUGUCAAUUGAUGUUGUGACUGCAGACGGUAGGAUGUGAGAAAGUAUCAGCACAAUCAAUACCCUUCUUCCUUUUGUGCAUGUCCUUACUCUUCAUUGACCAGAAAAAAAAAAUGGGUACAUUUUUCUUGGUGCCAUGACCUUGCUUUGUAUAUACAGUACUACAUCCACUGCAUGGUUACUUGUAGUUCUUGUUUUCAGUCUGACAGAUUCUAUAGAUAAUGUAAACUUGUUAUCAUCAUCCAUGAAGUGCUCGCUUAAUGAUUUUUGCAAUGCACUUUUUAAUAACACCUUUUACAAGAGUUAUGUAGCAAGUUUUCCUUGUUAUUACUAAAGCCUAUGUUUGUGGCUCAGGAAAAGAAUAAAAUCUCUACAAGAAACUCUGUUUUAUUUGAUUUAUGUUUUUUUACUUUUAUUGGCAGAAAUAGGUAGAUAUUAGAGAUUCAGCGAGUAUUGCCUCAUUGGUGACUUGUACAUUGUUUUGAAAGUUUCAUUUGCUCCUGUAAAAAAAUGUAAGUUCAUUAUGCUCUUGAAUAUUGUUCAUAAACAACAGUGGCUGUGUAUCAAAGUAAUGGCUGCAAGGCACAGUGAGUGUACAGCUUCCACUGUAACAUUCCAGGUUGGGCCUUGGUCCUCGCUGUGUUUAGUAUUUGACAGGCUGGACCUCAGUUUGUGGUCAUCAGGACAAAGUGUGUGCCAUGUGUUUUAAGGACAGUGUGUGCCAUGUUCUAAAGAGCAGUUUAUACAGAUUUCAGUUCUGUGUUAGUGAGGAGAUUCCAUGCAUCAUGUGCAUGUGGAUGUUCACGUGUGCAGUGUUCAUAAGAACAGUGCCUGUACCAUCCUGUGCAUGAAGAGGGUUAAUUAACACUACAUUCUUGCUCACUUCAUUUAUGUUCUUGUGCAUGGAUGAGAGAGAGCAUGCAGAUAAUGCAGUUUGCAUAUUCAGUGUCAAAUAUUAGCAUCAUCUGCUUGUUUCUUUGAUACUCAUUCCUAAAUAGUUUUGCUUUUUUUAUAUGUUGGUUGUGCUUGUGAUUUAUUUUAACUCAUGUAAACAUUAUUUCUUUAUUUUUAUGCUUGUUAAAAGUUACAAGAGUUUUUAUCUUUCUGCAACACAGGAUUUGGAGAUUGUGAGUUUCAGCUUUGGGAGGAAGGUUUUUUUUUUAAGUGUGAGAGAGAUGUUUGCAUAGUCUGUUGAAACUUACAUUGCUUUUGUAUUCCUGGUUAAUAUUUGACAUCUAGUCUCUACAGAACAAUCAGUUUGUAAGUGUUUAUUUGUAUUUUGUAAUUUUGCUUCCCAUCCUUCUUGCCUUAAGAGAAAAAUUAUAAAAGGUAGCGUCUUGCUGUAAGCAUGUUGCUGUUAAAAUUGUCUUGUAAAUAAAACUCCAAUUAUUUAGAAAAUUCAUAGGAAUUUUUUUUAAAACUUGUUUAUAUUGAUUUGGACCCAUGUAAAUAGGUUUGAGUAACCGUCCCCAACCUGUUGCUUGAUGUAGGUCAGAGGUGACAGUUACUGCAAAUUUUGACUCCAGUCAGCUUUUCUUGAAGGGCUUUAUAUAUAAUUCUACAAAGCUCAGUAAUCCAACAUACAGCCAGUCAGACUGUCAACAUUACAUCCAUUUACUAUGUAACUGACAUUUUAUGGUGGCUGGCUUUAGUGCAUGUUACUUAUUGCUCAGAAGUAUCUGGCCCAAGGAACUAGUGACAAAGCUGACAUUAAUCAGUUGCUGUUCUUGGAGACAUUGAUUGGUAGAGUGCAGAUUUUACCAUAUGUACAUUAUAUGUAGCCUUCAAUAAUAAUGCAUCAAAAGCACUGAUUAAUAGCCUAGAUUUGUAGUUCUCUUGACUGCAUGGUUUUUUGUGAUAAUGUAAAAAUUUGAUAUUCAUAAACUCAAUUUAUAGCUAUGCAAUUUUAUGGAAGUAUGUGCUGUGUAUAAUUGAGUGUUCUGUAUGUCUUUGUGGGUUUUUGUUAUAUUCUUUGUGAAUUUAAGGCAGUUUGUAAAUAUUUGUUGUACAGAGGGACACAGAUUCUGUGUUGUGGACACUUUUUUUUUGCAGAUAAUUCCGUUAUAGACACAACAUCCAUUUUUACUUAAGUUAAAAAUGUUACUU